AUGCCGUCCAACGUCCCCUCUGAAAGAUCACCACCUGCACUGUCACGGUCGCUCUCUCCUUCCUCGCCGGAUCUUCGAUCCUAUGGUAUCCCGAACAAGAAUGGUACAUGGAGCUGUGCUUUCCCAGGAUGCACUUCAAGAGCAGUUUUCACCCGCGGCUGCGAUCUCAGGAAGCACUAUAAGAGGCAUACAAAGUCCUUCUUCUGCCGCCAUGGUGACUGCCCACAGUCUACAGGAGGAGGCUUUUCGAGUAAAAAGGAUCUUGCGAGACAUGAGGCCAAGCACAACCCGGGCGUGUUGUGUGACUGGGACGGAUGCGACAGGGUCUUCAGUCGUGUGGACAAUAUG